CUCAGCUGCAGAUCAACUCCAGUUAUCCUACCUGGUUCACAUCAAGACCCUUCAACAUGUCUUUCAGGACAAGAAGCUUCAAGCAGAACACCAAGAGUGUCUAUGGUGGAGCAGGAGGUCGUGGAGUCCGUAUCUCUUCAUCCCAGAUGAGCUAUGGAACACCAAGCUUGAAUCUUGCUGAUGGUCUCGACCUCCAUGUUGGAGCCAAUGAGAAGGCCACCAUGCAGAACCUGAACGACCGUCUGGCUUCCUACCUGGAUACAGUGCACAACCUGGAGAAGGAGAAUGAGCGCCUGGAGAACCUGAUCCGGGAGUGGUACCAGAGCAGAAACGUGGUCUCCCGUGACUACUCUGGUUACUUCGCCACCAUCGAGGAUCUGAAGGAAAAGAUUCGUAUUGCCUCCAUGCUCAAUGCCAAGAUCACCCUGGACAUUGACAAUGCAAAACUGGCUGCUGAUGAUUUUAAAGUGAAGUAUGAAAACGAGCUGGCCCUGAGACUGGCAGUGGAAGCAGACAUUGCUGGUCUGAGGAAGCUAAUGGAUGAUCUUAACCUAUUGAGGCUAGAUCUGGAGAAUCAGUAUGAAUCCCUGAAGGAAGACGUCAUUAUACUCAAGAAAAACCACGAAGAGGAUUUGGCUCUACUGAGGACUCAGAUGGGUGGACAGGUUAAUGUGUCCGUGGACGCUUCUCCCUCUCUAGACCUUAACGAGACAAUGGCAGAGAUCAGGCAGCACUACGAGGGUGUGAUCGCAAAGAACAGCAAAGAGCUCGAAUUGUGGUAUCAAAACAAGAUUGCAGAAGUGGAGCAGGAAGUGCAAACACAAACUGAGGUUCUGGUCACAACACAAAGAGAGAUUAAAGAGCUGAAGAACACUCUCCAGAGGCUGGAGAUUGAACUGCAGGGCCAUUUGACCAUGAAAGCAUCUCUAGAGGGAACUCUGGCAGAGACCCAGGGACGCUAUGCCAUGCAGCUAACAAACCUCCAGAAUAUGGUCAAGAGCCUGGAGGAUCAGCUGUCCCAGAUCCACAGCAGUAUCACCGACAACAAGCACAAAUAUGACAUGUUGCUGGAUCUCAAGACCAGGCUGGAGAUGGAGAUUGCAGAGUACAGGAGGCUGCUGGAUGGGGAGGAUGACAGCUCAAAACAAGUGGUCACAAAGGUCAUCACAGUGGUGGAGACAGUUGUGGAUGGAAGGGUGGUGCAGACCAACGAGACCGUUGAUGUUGAUGUGGAUGAAAUUGAGUAAAGAACUGGAAGCAUGAACAAAAAAUAAAGAGUUGAAUAAAA